UGGUCACAUGACUAAGGGGAAAUUGGAAUUGCGGAACCUGGAAUCCAUGUUUACACAAGGGAGAGAGUUCACUUUGUAAACCUCAAACUGACGGUGAAACAUGCUGCCACCAUUUAUUAUCGCCCUCAGCCUGUUCCCAUUUUUCCCAGCCUUCCACUGCGGGGUAACCACCGAGGGGGAGCAUACCGUCAUGGAGGGCCAACAUCUCACAGUCCCGUGUCAUUAUGGGCCUCAGUAUGCCGGCUAUGUAAAAUACUGGUGUCGGGGGAAGAUGAGGGAGUUCUGCAGCAGUUUAGCUCGGACAGAUGAGCCCCGUUCGGCCAAUCCAGCUGAGGAGGAAGUGAGCAUCUUUGACGACCCGGUCCAGCUGGUGUUCACAGUGACCAUGAGCAACCUGAAGGAGGGGGACUCUGGGUGGUACAUGUGUGGCGUGGAGAUAGGUGGUAUGUGGACCGCUGAUGAUGUUGCUUACACUAACAUUAAGGUCAUUCAUGGCAUGUCAGUGGUGAACAGUUUCCUGAUUGGGGAAGAAGGGAGUAGUAUCACAGUUGAAUGCCACUACAGUGAGAGAUGCAGAGAAAGCGAGAAGAGGUGGUGUCGGAGCGGAGACUGGAGCUCCUGUCUACUGACAGAUUCUGACGGGAGAUACGAAGACACUUCUGUGGCCAUCAGCGAUGACAGAACUAGGACUCUCACUAUAACCUUAAAGAAGCUGCAGAUGAGAGAUACCGGCUGGUACUUGUGUUUUGCAGGACGGCAGCAGAAGGAUGUGCAUGUGCUGGUCACACCUCGACCCACGACCACAGUAGCAUCUGUGACAUCCACACCUACAGCAAGUCAGUCUGUUGCAUACCUGCCUGCACCCAAACCCAUCAGUAAGGAGUCCUGGAAGAGUCACAGCCACAUCCUGGAGUCGAUGCUGGUGUGUGCUUCUAUAAUGAUCCUUGUGGGCUUGGCCAUAUUGGCGAGAAAGUUGUGGAUACAGCAGAUUCAUGAACAGGAUCCUGUGCUCAGACCAGUUAAGGAGAUCUAAGCAAGGUGCAAUAUGUACCCAGGUGACCUGCACCACUCUGCUCUCGUUUUCCUUAACAGGGACUCCCAGAAUGUACCAAUGUACUGAGCAUCAUCAAUGCAGGGUUGAUUUUUACUCUUUGUAACUGCAUUUCAUUUUGUGUCAGUUCACUGCACACAUGACAUGCUUUCUUUCCAGUGACUUUUAACAUAGCAGCACAACUUGCUUUCUGCUUGCUGCUUUACAUAAUGAAACUGCUGUAACAUUAUGUAAUCAUUGUAGUAUAUUGUAUUUUUGUUGACAUUUGGGAAUUUUAGCAAAUUGGUGGAGUUUAUGUAUGCUUUCGUUAGAUUAGACCACAGCGCUGUACAAUGAUGUAGGAUGAUGAGCGUCAAUGGUAGGGAGUAGUAUAGCGAAUAGGAGAAUGUUUUUUGGGGGUUCAUGGUUUACACAAACACAGGAUUUUUACCACGGGAGACUGGUGUUCAUGUCCCGUUUUAAACCAAAAGUCAACUUUGACUUUACGUAAACUAUCUUAUGUAACGUAGCUGUGUUGCCUAAACCUAACCAAGUAAUGUUAGUGUUGUUUGAAUUCACAGAGCAUUAAAAAGUGACCCCUAUAGAGCUCAACAGUCCCGCCCCUCCUCCGAGAGCUUGGGUUCGAGAAGUAAAUGUCUCAUUCAUUUCUCCCUUUGACGUCUGGAUAAAUCUGUAUAUAAAGAGUUUUAGACCAUGUCUUAGUAUAUGCCAUACAACAUAUUAUUUUGAUUGAAAAAAGGAACAGAAAAUCAAAAAAAAAGUUAAAGGUACAAGACUGUGUACAUUUUUCAUUAUCGAGCGAAGGAACUAAUAAACCACCGCACAUCACUGAAUAAAGAAAGCUCACGUUUGUUUAGCAAACGGCUAAUUUGGCUAAUCUCUUGCUGAGACAGCAUGUAGUAACUCUAAAAGACCCUAAAAAUAAAACCUGAAAAUACCCAUUAAAAUUUAAAACCACUGUAGCCUGCUUAUCCCAGUGUUUAGUUUGAGUUGAACAUUUUUUAGCCUGAAUAAAGCUGUUCUCUAGCGGUUAGGCAAAUUAGCUGUUAGCUCCCCGGUGGAGGCUAACGGCAGGAGGGUGGGAACAGACGGCGAUUUGUCGUAAAUCCAUUUCUUUAACUGUCUAUGAUAAAUGCUCAUAAAAUAGGAUUCUCAUCUUGCGCAUGCGCAGAGGUACCGACAGCUCCCCGUCUUCACCAGCAUGAGUUCCACCAAUCAGAGGUAACACUGUGGGAUUGUGGGAUUGUUCAGGAUUGUGGGUACUUAUCCAAGACAUUGCAAAAAAAAGACAUUUAUCUCAAAACAAGGUUGGUGCCCCAUGAACUUUUGGCAUCUACAUGAGCAUACACAAUCGCUAAGUCAUGUGGUAGCUGGUUUUAAGUCUACCAUCGACUGUUCCGAUUGACUGGCUUAUACUUUAAUUGUCAAUAGAGAAAUUGCAUUGUACUUUUACUUCCAAAACCAGCUGUGAACGGUUGAGCUCUAUAGGGUUCUGACCAAGCCAGCGGCAACUGUUACUAUGUGAAUGGGUGAUAACAAUAAUGAUAAUAAUAUAACUGAUUCUGUGUGACGUAUGGCCUACUCAAUAACGCUGAGCGAAAGUAACGUUUUUGAUAUCUGUGUCCAUGCAUACACGCUGCAGCAAGAUCUCUGUUCUGAACUGCUGUUUUUUUGCUUCUAACACAGAAAAAAGCCCAAUUUGAAUGAGUAAGUAAGUGCUAAGAUGGUAAAUCUUGUACUGCACAGAAGCCCAGUGGGACUGAUAGUACUUUUUCAGUUUUGCUUACUAUUGUUUUUUUUAACUAGACUGCUGUGUAAUAGCAAAACAUGAGAAUGAAAUGGCUAAUUAACACGUUUAGGCUUGGAUACAUGGUCUUUUUGACAGAAGCAAUGUCAGUCAAUAUUUACAUUGCUACAAGGCUUACUUAUUUUAGAAAGAAGUGAGCAAAUGAAGACAGAAACCAUUGUAGGGAGUUCACAAAUUAACUCUGCUAGAGAACAGCUCUACAUUUUAUGCUUGAACUGUCUGUUCUCAUACUGAACCUCAAACGAUGUGUUAGAAUUGUAAAUUGAACAAGCUAAUGAGAUGGCAAAACUGCUGGGGAACCAACUAGAGCUUGGAACUCUUAGGAAUAAGUUUCCCUUCCCUUCAUAUGAGGAAAAGCCAUUUAAAUUACUAAUUUGUAUAUUACCUCUGUUCAUUGCUCACUUUAGCUUCAUUUUAAUACCUUUACAUGUCUUUAGUAUUGUAUAGUAUAAUAUAUGUUACCUGAUUUUGGUUGGUUUCGUCUAAAACCUAAUGCUUGCCAUCUUUCAAACGUGGUUUCCAACUUCAAUGGGACUUAAAUUAAAAUUAGAGCAACAAAAUACAACUACAUCAUUAUUCCUGACAUGUAAAUAAGGAUUUUUUUCUUUCAUAUCAUCCCAUUAUAAUGAAACGUGUCUUUGAAUGUAAUAACUGUUAUGGCUGUAAUUGUAAUUUACAUUGUCCACUUGGAAAUGAUUGCAUUUAAAAUGUCAUUGCUUUUACUCAUCCAUCCUCCAUCCUGAUUAAAUACCUGUCAUUCACUGG